ACUAAUGUCCGUCUUAUUUUAGUAUGUUCUGUAAUCAAUGUUUGUUCUCUUUAAUGUUACAGAUGAAGGUGCAGUGGAAACCUGAACAUGAAACUCAGAUACACAGAAAUUUCCACAUGAAAGCAUCUCAUCGGCUGUCAGAGAUGUUUAGGGAUGCCCGGAUUGCAGGACAGCGCCCUAACUGGCUGGGUGAGCACAUUUGGAACUCUUUACUGGCCCAUUGGAAUACAGUAGAGUUCCGCAAUAAGUGUGCCAAAGCCCAGCGGAACAGAGCGUCUGAAAGGGGUGGCACCCUGCAUACUGGUGGGUCGAUCACCAUUCAUGAGCAUGCCAUUCGUAUGGCACAGGCUCUAGGACGGGCGGUCCAUGUUGAUGAGGUCUUUGCACAGACUCAUGUUCGGAAGGGAACUGAUCAAUUUGUUGAUGAAAGAUCUCGGAAGACUCAUGAAGACUUUUCUACGAGACUUUCACAGGUUAGAUCUGAACAUGAGUCAGCUCCUACACCGGAUGAUGCCAGUAAUGCAGAUGAUGACAUCCGUAGGACGCAGUGCUGGAUCGACACCGUUGGUGGGAAGAAAAAGGGACGAGUCUAUGGUGCGGGACAGCUUGCUGCAAACUAUACAGCAUCCAGAGGAGGUACUCUGAAGCACCAGCCUUCUUCUUCCACCAGUACUCCUGACGAGGUUCUUCAACUCAGGCGGGAACUCCAUGAACGUGACCAGGAGCUCACUGAUCUCAGAGCAGAGUUUACAAAUUUGAAGGCCCUGGUCAUGACUGUCUUGCCUCAAACCUCACAGGACGUACAAAAUAUCCCUCCCACCCAAUCACGACCUUCCUCAUCACCUGCUGCCACUCAGCAGCCCACUUCAGUCCAACCCUCAUCAGUCCAACCCACACCAGUCCAGCCAUCAAUAGAGGAGCAGGAUGAUGAAAAUCAUUCUGAUGAUAGUUAUGUACAUUAUUAGGUUUCAUUUUCUUAUUACUUGUUAGACAAACAUUUGGAUAUUAGAACAUUUUGAGUUGAUAUCAUUUCAAUGUUAGAUGUACUUACAGACUUUGGAUGUUACAACAUCCUUGUGUUACAUUGUUUUAUGUUUGAACUAUAAAUACAUUAAUGGAUGUCCUGU